GAUAAAUAAGUUUUUAUGGUGAAGAUAAGCAGUUUUCUCUCAAGUAUCCGAGUAACUUAUUUGAAACUACAUCCGUGACAUUCAUAUUGUCGGCAUGAGGAAAAAAUAUGUGGUCACUCGUCUUGAAGAGACAGCUUUCACGGCUUGUUAUCGUGAGAUUAUCAGUAAUUUACUACUUUGUUCAGAACAUCGGCCCGAAGACAGACGAGACAUGAAUUCGUACUCAUCUCUGAUUUCCCUUAAUCAUUUUUUAACCAGUUCUAACGUACGAUGUUUUGUCAGAAAUCGUCUUAACCAUCAUCUUGUUGGAAUAAUGAAUGAUGAGAUCAGAAAAAGACUGGUCUGUGAAUUCAAUAGAAACUUUUAUGAUACUGACCAGAAGUCAGACAUUUGGGUGUUUCUAGACUGUGUUCUGGACAAUAGCUUUAUCGAACUUGAUACUCAUGUAGUUUUCCCAAAAGCUGAGCCAAAUGAGAAGUUUGUUCAGACUAUUUGCAAUCACUCUCCGAAUAUUGAAAAAUUGAAAUUAAACUUUGAAAUGGUGGCAAAAUCAACACCAAUAGAGAAGCUGAAUCCUAUUCUGAUAUCCUUGAACACCUUGUCCAAGUUGACAACUCUUUCGCUUUAUUAUCUCAACAAGCAUCAUAGGACCUUAUUAAACUGUAUAGGAGUGUCUUGCCCGCGACUCCUUCAUCUUUGCAUUACGGGUUUUCGCUUUCAGAAAAAAGAUAUUCUUUCGUUAAUGUUCGGAGAAACAAUGUGUAGUUUUGCUGAUGAAGAGACCAUCCUCGAGGAAGAAACUUACGUAAACAAAAAAAUAUCACCUGCUUAUCUUACUCCGUUUUGUUCCACUCUUCAACACUUACAGUUAGAAGAUAUUGAAGAAAAGAAAAAAUUUCAAAAAAGCCGUGAAUUCUCCAGACUUUCACCAUCUUCCAUUGUCUUUCUCUUGCGUAACUUGCCGAACUUGCAAAGAAUAGAUCAUUUUAGUUCACCGGUCAGCUCCGCUGUGAAACUUCUCCACCAAAUUCCAACAGCAAAUGAGAUCAGUGCAAAUAACCACGGACAGAUUACAUACCAUGACGGUGAUGGAACUAAUUCUCGCGCUCGUCUACCGUGGGAAGUUAACGUGCCAUUUUCUGGUCCUAUCGCCCUGACUAGCAUUGACUUUGUCAAUGUUUGUGACGAAAUGAUGAUGAGAGCUAUUGGCCGUAUGUGUCCUAAUUUAAUGGAAGUUACUUUCUCCCAGCUGUUGCACACUGAUCCUGUAACACCUGACCAGCUUCGUUCGAUUUUAGUUACGGAAUGGCCUAAGGUCCAAUUUGUAACUUUCAUCAAAGUGUCACCGGAUUACCGCAAAGCGAUUCUUACAGCCAUUGCCGCCCAGUUGACACAGCUUACCUUUGUUUCUUGCGACUGCAUUGAUAUUACAGAUCUCAUUACAUGCAAAGAGCUAGAGGCCCUACGAAUUUUCCUGGCUUCAUCGAUUGUAUUGCAAACCGAAGAUCCAGAGGAAAGAUAUUCGCCUCAUGAGCCCUUUCUUCCUAAACUCAACCGUCUGGAAAGUGACAUUUGCCUUCAUACGCAAUAUUCGCAUUUGUUUGAAGAAAAAAGCUCUUUAUUAUAUUUGGACCUCGAAUGCUGCCACAUUGGUACCAAAGCGUCUAGCAUUGCGAACUGGUGCGAUAUGGCAAAGUACUGGCAACGCAUUCAUAUCUUACGAAUUCGACAAUGUUCGGGUCUAACCAUGGCUGGAACCAAGAUGCUCUCUCAUCAACUGCCGAAACUGAAAGAGCUGGGCCUCCCUAGUGGAAUGCUGAAUUCAAAAGUAGAAAGAGAGAAUUCGUAUGAUCUGAUGGAUUAUUUCAGCAAAGGGUCUCUAAAGAUACGUCUCAAGUUUGAACGCAGCCAGUCCUCCAUCCUUUGCCCGUAUCAGACCCAGAAUUUUCCUUACGAAACCUCUGACGAAGAAUUGAGCAGCGGCGAUUCAGAAGAAUCGAGCCAUGAUAAUGGAGCGGGUAACGGGUUUGGCUUCGGUGACGAAAGGGAAUCCCAUGGCGGUUGGAUGGAAGACAUUGACGUUUUCCGUGAAGAUAUUGAUGAUUUUUUUGACGAUUAUGAUGAUGAAGAUGUAGACGGCGGUUCGUUUGACGAUGAGGACGUCUGGCAGUUCCCUUACCAGGUUCCGCACGGACAAAUGUCAUACUAUCCAUAUGCGUAUGGGUAUCCGACUCCCAUGCAAGGCCAGUGGAUGGGACAAGGCACUUGGAAUGGAAAUGGUUACCAAAUGCCUCCUGUAACUUCUACUGUAGGAAAUGCUUCUGUUCCUCCACCCUUGCCAAGCCUUCCACCACCUCUGCCCCCUCCUCCUCCCCCUCCUGCUGUUACAGCUUCGUAUGAGCCACCCCCUCCAGGUUCUAUUAAAUUCACAAUUCCCUCCAAGGGCAAUAAAUUGCAGAAGCAAAAGCAAGAAAAUAAGUCACCAGGAAGUGCAGGAACCAUACAGGUUCCACAAUACCCUACUAACGCACAAGUGGCUGCUAGUGAUCAACAGGACACUAGUAGCAAGUCUCCGGAGCGAAUCCUUGGGCAAGCUAAAACUUCUGAAAUGGUGGAUAAAUGGCCGCCUAGCCUCCGUCUUUACGUUGAACGCUGUUUUGCCAAAUGUCAUUCGAAAGUUGACAAAGAUUUGGUUGAAUUAAUUCUUAGGGGGAAAAUCUCGUCAGCUGAAAGAAAGGGAAUAACCAAUACUAAAGAUUGGUAUAACGAGCCCCUCCCGAAUUUGUCAAGGGCAGAAAUAAACGUGCCAACAAGCGGAGUUGCCUCUGACAUGAAGGCAGGGACAUCGGGAUUCAGUGUGGCUCCUAUAAAAGCUGGAGUUACUGUUGGAGGCUCGCCAGCUGGAGGGUCUGGAUUCCGGAUGAUCCCAAAUUGUGGAAAGAAUGUUUCUCCUUUUAAAACUGCACCUAGUUGCUUAGAAAUUUCGGCCGUCAAACCAGUUACAAGUGAUGCUCCAUCUUUAAAAAAUGGAAAACCAACCGAUUUGGGCAAUAGCUCCCAUAUGACAGGGGCUUCCAUUCUAGGAAUAUCUCCGUUGAAGGCAUCAGCUGGCACUAAACAAAAUCAAAUCUCGUUUCAGCUGAAAGCACAACGGAAAGCACUUUACGGUGCUGCCCUGAGAAAAUCCUCAUCGUCUUCAUCGUCAUCAUCUUCUCGGUCUCGAUCUCGAUCUCCAACUCGCUCACCGGCUGGUAGAAGACGUUCGAGCAGCCGUUCCUUAUCGCGGUCUCGAAGCCGUUCCCCGUCCCAUUCACGCUCGUCUCCCUUUAGUCGCUCAUCACCGACACCUUUCAAAAAGCUUACAAAAUCCCAACAAAAGAAACAGAAGAGAAAAAACCAAAAAAAGUUAGUGGGUGCUACAGGGAAAGUAGGUGCAGUUUUGGGGUCUGGGAAUCGAACUGUGUUGGGCGCAAAUUGGACCUCUCCAGACAAACUGCGUAAACGUCAGGCCCGCUUCCAAAUGCCCAAGAAAUCACGGCUCACUGCAUUGGGUGACAGCAGCUUGUAUAGGGAAGACGUUACCGGGGACGAAGAUUGGUCGAAUUUACUUAUUGUUGGCACCUGUUGCGAAGUUGAGAAGCCAUUUUUUAGGUUGACUGCAGCUCCAGAUCCGUCGACUGUCAGACCUGUGCCUAUUCUGAAAAAAGCACUUUAUAGAGUCAAAUCAUCUUGGAUCGCUAAUCCUGAUUAUCGUUCCUGUUGUGAUCAAUUGAAAUCAAUAAGACAGGAUCUGACGGUGCAGGGAAUUCGGGAUUCUUUUACAGUUGAAGUCUACGAAACACAUGCCCGACUAGCUCUAGAGGCCGCUGAUCAUGAAGAGUUCAAUCAAUGCCAGACGCAGUUGAAGGCCCUUCAUCACGAAGUAGGAGGCAAGAAUAUCUUAGAGUUUACAGCCUACCGGAUCCUCUACUACAUUUUUACCAAGAGUACCAUGGAUUUAAACACCACCAUGGCUAGCCUAACUUCUACAGAAAAAUCCGACGAAUGUGUCGCUCAUGCCUUAGAGGUACGUUCAUCCUGGGCGUUGGCCAACUUUCGACGUUUUUUCCGACUGUAUAACAAAGCUCCUCGAAUGUCGGCCCAUUUAAUCACCUGGUUUGCCGACAGGGAGAGAAAAGUUGCUUUAAAGACUCUGAUCAAAGCUUAUCGUCCAAAUAUUCCGGUGGAGUUGGUGACGACGCAACUUGGAUUUCCUACUCUGGACGCUUGGCACGAAUUUUCAAAGGAGCUGCCUAUUGUCUACUCUGAUGAUAGCAAAGCUCAGAUUGAUUGCAAAGCUAGUACUGUUAAUUUAACUGCCUGGUGAAUGAAACGAUGAUUAAGUGCUUCCACUCAAGUCAGCUCUUUCGAUCUGAGCAAACCUCGUUGAAAACAAGUUUCUAUUUACCUCCGUAAUAGCCAACCGAAUUCCUCGAAAGCAAUUAUGAGAUUUUCCGAUACAAAUGAGACGUUCACACUUUCAAUGUCCCAAAGCUAGUUCAUUUUCAUCACUAGAAUUGAAAUAAUGUUGUGAGGAAGUCUGGGCUAUACAUUUCAAAUAUCCUUUCAUCCGAAGGCUUUCACGAUUUUCCUGUUACAUAUUUACAUGAUCACCUCAAGAUUCUAUUCGAAACGAAUAGCUUGCAUCUAUUUAAAUUCGAUCCUUUAUGUGCUUAAAUGUGAUACUCGGGAGUGUCCAGAUUUCAUUCAUCUUUGUUGUCUAGGCUAAUACGUUUUUGCUUAAUACACUUUUCAUGUGUUACUCCCU